AUUAAAAUUUUUCUUUCUUUUUCUUUUCUCCCCAAAACUUCCAAACGGAGGCUAAAUGUUAACAGGAUUUGCCAACCGCUCCAUCACUUUCUGCGGAUAAUCAGAGCGAAGACACAUCUGGCAUCUCUGACCAUUGGAAAAUCCAUAUGGAAAAUUUGCAUCGUGCCAAGUUGAAGUGCCUAAAUUUAGCGGAGCAUAAGAUGGUCUCCAAGAAUCGAGUAACUGCUACUUAGUUCAUUAGAGGAUGCACAUGCUCCAAAUCACAUGCUGUGGCCAUGUUCAAUGCAUAUCAGAGACAGAAGAAACUAAACCCGAACGGCAGAACCCCCAAAUUCUAGAGCUCAUCUGACUACCGUGGCAACCAGGAGCAGUCCCCGCUAGAUCCGGGAAUCCACCUGCUGCUUGUCGGACCGUCGUCGGCUUCUUCCCAGUCACCGGCCGCUUCGACGGGCUGAUCUCACCUUGCUGGCCGCAGUCGAGGUGAGCGGCCGUGGCGAGUCGGGGAAGCCGUGAGCGGCGACGGGAACAUGGUAAGCGAUGGAGGGAGGGCUCUCCAGUGAGGGCCCUCGAUGAGGAAGGGGCAUGGCCCUUGCUUUGGUGCCACCACCCCACGCCAUGAAGAAACUCCCGUCUUCUCCGUUUCCCGACUACACUCCUUUCCUCAUUCGCCGCCUCCGAGCCUCGCUCGACCUUGCCUUCGUCGCGUCCACCCAUUCCAAGCUCCUCAAGUCAGGCGGCUCCUCCGCCACCUCCCCCGGCAACCACCUCAUCAACGCCUACCUCCGCUGCGAGGCCCUCGCCGACGCGCAGAAGGUGUUCGACGAAAUGCCUGAGACGAACGUUGUAACCUGGACGUCGCUCAUGACCGGCUACGUCAACGCCGGCAGGUCCGACCGCGCCGUCUCUCUCUUCCAUUCAAUGGGCAACCACCAAGUCCUUCCAAAUUCUUUCACCCUCGCUACGGCCAUCGACGCGUGCUCCCGCCUUGCCGACCUUAAAUCAGGCCGACAAGUCCAUGCUCGAGUCGCGACUUCCGGCCUGCAGUCCGAUCUCGUAGUCUCGACUGCUCUCAUCAACAUGUAUGGAAAAUCCAACAGCGUCACCGAUGCCCGUAAAGUCUUCGAUGGCAUGAUCGAUAAGAAUGUCAUUUCUUGGGGCUCGAUGAUCUCAGCUUACACUCAGAAUGCUUGUGGCCACGAGGCAAUUGCUCUGUUCACUGAAUUCCUCUGGGAAGUCUCAUCAUCGUCGAAAUUAGCUCCCAACCACUUCAUGUUCUCGAGCGUCAUCAACGCUUGCGCUAGCGUGGGCAGGCUCGGCAUGGGAAGAUCGACGCAUGCAGCUGUGAUCCGACAUUGCUACGACGGAAAUGAUGUGAUCGCAGGUGCGCUGAUCGACAUGUAUGGGAAGUGUGGAUGCAUCGAUUCGUCGAGAAAAGUGUUCGAUGGUAUUGCACGUCCCUCAUUGGUUCCAUACACCUCCAUGAUCGUGACUGCAGCAAAGUACGGGCUUGGGAAGUGCUCGCUAGACUUGUUCGAGGAGAUGGUCCGACAAGGGGUGAUGCCGAAUAGCAUCACUCUCCUCGGCGUCCUCCAUGCUUGCAGCCACUCCGGUCUCGCAGACACGGGACUUCGGUACCUAAAUUCGAUGAGCAGUAGCUACAACAUAGCACCAAGCGUGAAGCACUAUACCUGCGCCGUCGACAUGCUCGGCCGUGCAGGCCGUCUCGACGAGGCCUACGAGCUGUUGAAGGAAGUGCGAGCGGAGGGUGAUGAGGCGUUGAUGCUGUGGAGCGCAUUGCUCUCGGCGAGCAGGACGCAUGGGAGGUUGGGCCUCGCGGUUGAGGCCAGCGAGAGGCUGGCGGGGUUCGACCGGGACGUCGCAGGCGCCUACGUUGCCAUGUCAAAUGCUUAUGUUUCAGUUGGGCAGUGGGAGAGUGCGGAGAAGGUUUGGAAGGAGAUGAGGCGGCGAGGGAUUCGCAAGGAACCCGGGUGCAGUUGGGUGGAGAUAAAGGACGCUGCUUUUGUGUUCUACGCCGGGAAGGCCUCGGCAGCAGGCGAGAGGGAAUGGGAGGUGGUGGAAAUAUUGAGGGAGUUGGAGGAGAGGAUGAGAGAGAGGGGGUAUGAUGGUGGGGGUAAUGGAUGGGUGUCUGAUGAAAUGGUGGAAGGGGAGGGAAAGAGAUUGAUGGUCGGAGUGCACAGUGAAAUGCUUGCUCUGGGGUUUGGGCUGAUAGCUUCUCCCCCAGGAGUGAUCAUCAUGAUGAAGAACCUGAGGAUGUGUGGGGACUGUCACGAGGCAUUCAAGCUGAUCAGCGAUAUUGUGGGGAGGGAGUUUGUGGUGAGGGACUUGAAUAGGUUUCACCACUUUAGGCAUGGCUUUUGCACUUGCGGGGAUUACUGGUGAUUGCAAUUCGACUACAACCAAAGUCGAACUUGGAGUAGUGAGAGCCAGCAGAGUGGCUACUGUCAUUAGAUGGAUCCAGCAGAGUGUGGAAGGAGUGGGUGAUUACUAUAUGCUCCUCAGGGAUAUUCGAAAGAUGGUGACGGUGGAUGGCCUUGCAGGCCAAUUAUGUGUAUCGAAAGGCCAAUGGGGUAGCAGAUUGGGUAGUUUUUUAUAUGACUAACCAUUCUAAAAAAACACUAUGGCUAGAGGAGAACGGGCUAUCCAGUGCGUUCCGGAACUUGUUAUCUUUUGAUUUUUUUUGGAUAUAUUCGCACUCGCUAUGUAUGAUACAUUUGGUUCAGCAAAAAAAAAUAGAGUUUUGAAAGUUUUCAGCACCAAA